AUGCCCAAACCACCUCUGCGAAUAGCAAUUCUCGAGUGUGACACUCCUCUCCCCAAAACCAAGGAGAUCUACGGCGGCUAUGGCGGAGUAUUCGAAAAUCUUCUGAAAAGAGGCGCCCAGGCUCUGGACGACCCAUCAUUAAAUCCCGAGGCCGGCUUUCAAGUCACAAAGUACCAAGUCGUCGACGAUCCUUCCAACUAUCCCAGUCUAGAUGACAUCGAUGCUAUCUUGAUAACAGGCUCAAAACACGACUCCUUCGCGGACAAUCCUUGGACGAACACGCUGGUGGCGUUCGUAGAAAAGGUGCUCGCAGACGGACGCGUACGUACGAUCGGUGUCUGCUACGGGCACCAGAUCGUUGCGCGGGCGCUGGGCAUGAAGGUCGGGCGGAAUGACGAUGGGUGGGAGGCGGCGGUCACAAAUGUUGAGCUCUCGGCCAAGGGGAAGGAGUUGUUCGGGAAGGAUACUCUGGCAAUACAUCAAAUGCACCGAGACAUAGCAUACACAUAUCCAAAAAGCGUCCAGCUGCUCGGCUCUUCACCGGUCUGUAGCGUGCAGGGCAUGUACGAGCCUCGACGCCUGAUCACAGUGCAGGGUCAUCCGGAGUUCAACCACGAGAUCAUGACUGAGAUCCUGGAUACGAGGCAUUCGACAGGAAUCUUCAACGACGAGGCGUAUGACAAAUAUAUCAAGAGUGCGGGUUUGCCGCAUGAUGGAGUCGCCGUUGCGGCUGCUUUCUUGAGAUUUCUUCUGGAGGACUGA